UCUGACCUAUACGCAAAUCACACUCGGCUGUGAACAGACGAUGCGGUAUGACUCAAGCGUAGACUCCGUUUUAAAUUUGUGAAGACGACCCACAGAAGGCACAAAACACAUAGUCGAAAUGUUGGAAAGUAUAGAAUUAAGCAGGAGGACGGAGGCAAUUUAUAAGAAUUUAUUGGAAAACUACCACCCAUCUGUCAGGCAGCUUAUCACUGCAGGGAGAGCAUACCAGAAGGCACUCCAUGGUGUGUCUCAGACAGCAAAGGCAUAUUUCGAUGCAAUCACUAAGGUGGCUCAAGGAGCAAACAACCAAAUAGGAGCAGUCGGAGACAUAGGCACAGCCUUAGCAGAGAUAGCAAACACACACAGGGAAAUUCAGAAAGAUGUGGAAGAAAAUAUCAAAACAUUUCACACAGAACUGUUGAUACCAUUAGAAAGUAAGAUUGAUGGGGACAAUAAAGUUUUACAGGUCAUAGAAGACAAAGACAAUUUUUUUAAUGCUAAAGUUCAGACAAGUCUUCAUUCUAUAUAUUUCUUAUGUGAACCUGGCCCAUGGGAAGGCACAGCCUUAGCAGAGAUAGCAAACACACACAGGGAAAUUCAGAAAGAUGUGGAAGAAAAUAUCAAAACAUUUCACACAGAACUGUUGAUACCAUUAGAAAGUAAGAUUGAUGGGGACAAUAAAGUUUUACAGGCAGAACAAAAAAAGUAUGGCCAAGCACAUAAGAUGGUGAUGCAGCCACAUGAAAAGGCAUGCAUUAAUCUUAAAAAAUGCCAGAAGAAGAGUAGAGGAAAGGGGAUAGCUGAUCCCAGAGAAAACCAGUAUAAGCAUGCAGUGCAAGAAACAAGCAUCAAGCUGGAAAACUUCAGAAGUUCUGGCUUCAAACAGGCUCUGUUGGAAGAAAGGAAGAGAUACUGUCUUAUAUUGGACAGAAUUUCCACAGUAAUGAAGAGGUUCUCCUCACAUCACAACCAAUCCCAUGAUUUGCUAAGUCACAGACUCCCAGAGUGGGAGAAUGCCUGCAAAAACCCUGGCACCCUACCUCCCCCAGUAGAAGCCAUGACGAGACUUGGAAGACAGGAUUCAUAUGGUAACACAUAUGACAUGCGCGAUGACAUGAGCUCUUACAGUGGAGAGGAUAUGGGACGUAGAAGAAAGGGGACAGAUGCCAACAGCACCGGCAGUCAUGAAAAUAGGAUGCCAAAUGGAAGGCCAACAUCCUCUGUAGAGUUCACUGGACAAUAUCAUGGAGGAGCUAUGACACUGCCCAGAGAGAUGUCACUGCCUCCAUCUGGUGGUAGUGGCUUGUCUUGUGUGAGAGCGCUGUUUACACAUGUAGCAGAACAAGACAGUCAGCUCAGCUUUACUGAAGGGGACAUCGUGGUCCUGAUAGGCGAGGAGAAUAAGGGAUGGCACUAUGGAGAGAAUACCAGGACAGAUAGACGGGGCUGGUUCCCAGUGUCCUUUACAGAGAAAGUUAACAGAGCACCUAACAGGAGCAAAACCAUGAUGCAGAGAGUGCGCAGUAUGGGGGACUUAUUGGCAGACGAAUCUGACGGCAGUGACUCUGGAGUCAGUCCAGAUCCACGCAGCAGAACCAUGCCUAAGCCAUAUGAAGAUGGCUACAUAGGGAAGAGCAUGAUGGAAUCAGAUCAGUCUCCAUCAACUCCACAACCUUUGCCCCCUCCGUUACCAGACAUUCCCCCACCUGCCCACCCACCUCAGUUGGAAGGGGGGUAUGCUGUACCCCAUAUGGGUACCAAGACAUACUCAGUUGUGCCACUUGGGCAGCAAGGAGGUUACUAUAGACAUCGGGCACAUCACCAGAAUCAUGGAAAUGACUAUGAUAGAGAUGCCAAUAUAAGCUACUCUGGUGGACCAAUGCAUAAUAGCAGGCCAUCAAACAACUACCAUUCCAACAGUAGUCAUAGUAAUACAAACACUGGACUUAAAGCUUAUCAUCAACAUCAACACAGUGGUUCUUACUAUGGUGAUGGGACUCCCUCUAUUCAGCCCGUGAACUCUAGGCACAGUUAUUACGAUCAUCAUCUCCACCAUCCGAAACAGGAGAAUAGAAGCGCAGUCAGCGUGAACGGAACACAUGAUGAUGGGGGAUACGGUCCUAGUGUUAGUGGUGGGAGCAGUGGCGUUGGUGGUGGGAAUGAUUCUUACAACAACGAUACAGCACAGUUCCAUGCCAAGAGUACCCCUGACAUCAGCCAACUGACCCCAGGAGGGCCGCCACCCCCUCCACCUCCACCAAUCGCAGACAAUCACAAACAACCUCUUCCUCCUCCGCCUCCUUCCUCUCUCCAUCCAAAUGGACAGCCAGGUCACCCUCAGCGUCCUGGUGGCUACUCCCCAGCCAGCCAUGACCCUAAUGGUUACAGCAGGCAUUCUCCUUACCACUCCCAGCAUCAGGGGGCCAGCCCAGGGCGACCCAGGUAUUAUAAUAACCCUCAUAUGUCGCAGGAUCGCCAGAGUGACAGGUCUUCGUCUAGGGGGAGCUCAGCCAUGGAGGAUCCCUACGGGAGAGCCGGCCACCAUAACUCCCCUCCCGCUGCAGACUACAGUGAUGAGGAUUCCCAGAAAAACAAUCCAUUCGCCAAUGUCAAAUUGAAGAAAACUGCUACAAAUGAUCGCUCUGCACCUCUUGUACCUGGAGCCAGGUAAACAAAUGAAAGACCAAGUUGGGCAGCAUGCCUUUAACACAAGAGAAACCUGAUAAUAGAUAUCAAAAGAAAAAGUCUCCUUUUGCUCAUUUUGGGAAGAUAGGUUUCACAGGGGAUGGUCUGUAGGUCUUACAGGAAGACAUUGGUUUAAGUCAGCAGAUUGUUCUAUUAUUCUCUGGAGAAGGGUUAAAUUGAGAGUUGUAAGAGUGCUUUUCUAUUACAGUUGUAAAUAAAUACUAAAUUGUGUGUACAAAUUGAUGUAGGCAGAUUGCACAAGAUAUCAAACAUGUAAGGGAACAUACUUGGUGCCUCCAGUUUCAGAGUUUUAUGGAAACUCCUCAAAAAUCAGCAUCUGUAAGCUAUUUGCUAUAGCAAAGAUCUGAGGAAAUUCCCAAUGUGAAUCCGGGGAAUUUUCAGGUUCUUUGAACAAAUAAAGAGUUCAUAAACUUUUUCUUAUAUUUUAUUUUAUAAAUAAGAUGUCACCAUAUUGAAUAUAAUCCUGGUAAUCUAUGCAGGUUUUGAGGUUUCGUCAAAUGUUUUUCUACUCUAAAUCCAUUUCUGAUUCGUAUUAUCAUUUUAUUUUGGGGAUUUCUUAAAAAAUUAUUCUGAUUUAGUUAACAAGGAAAAGGUUUCAACUGUAAUUACAUUUUGAUGACUAAAUUUCUGUUUGUAAACAUAUAUAUUUGUCAUCACAUAAUCAUUUCAUACUUGUACUUGUUAUGUAUUAGUGUAUUAUAUUUUCUGUAAAGAUUAUAACUUGUCUGAUACUAGUCAUUUUAAGAGAAAAUGUGUGUAAAGUCUCAUGUCAAAAUAAUGUAAAUGUCUUUUGAUUUAUACCAAACUAUGUGCAACUUCUUAAAACUGAUUCUGGAAAAAUGAUUGUGAAUUUUAUGUUUUUGUUUGAUGAAAAGGUGUGGUUUCAAGCAUUCAGCAUUUAAUGUUUUCUGCUCUGCACAUUCCUCAGACAAAGAAAAAUGGUCAGAAUUUAGCUGAAUUGCUUCUAUUUAAAUGGUAUUACUUAAUUUUAAUGUUUUUUAUUUCUCUCAGACUGAUUUUUAUAACACUGUGAUAAUUGCAGAACAAAAUAGCAUAUAUUAAGCACUUGGUACAAAAGUGUUUUUUUUUUUUUUUUUUAGAAUAUUAAGUUUAAUAGUUCCAAUUAUUUGUGUCAGCAGUGUUUUGCUAAAGUUUUUUAUAACCAUCGCAAAGUAAAAUUGUUUUAAAACAAAAAUGUGGCAUUCAUUCUUAUAUAGCAUUACAUUUUAAUAUACUAUACACAUUUAUAUUUUCAUUACAAAUGAUAGUCCUUUUACAUCAGGUGCUGCAACCUUAGCAGGUGGCUGGAGAGAAGUAUAAAGUUUUGAAUUUAAAUCUUAUUUCUAUUAUUGUUUUAGUAUCUUUCUUAAAGCUUUUAUUUUAAGGCUGUCGCAGUAAGAAUUUUUAAGGGGAACACGAGACAUGCACAUAAUUAAGUGCAAUAAUGCACACUUUCAGAACAGUUCAAUAUGAUCACAUACCAGCAUUUUAAGGCAUAUUUUUCAGACUUUAAGGGAUCAAUUAUUCAUGCUGAAUGCGUAAUGAAAGAAGUGGUUAAUUAUCAGUUCAGGCAUAUAACUCUGCAUUCUUUUGUAGCGAGUUCAAACUAUUAAUAUGAAAUAUGCUGACAAGACAUUUUCAUUGUUAGUUCUUAAGAGUGGAAUAGGCAAUUCAUAUUUUAAGCCUAAAAUAAGUGAAUGAGUUUUAUCAUUGUUUGGUCAUCUUUUCUGAGCUGAUACUUUACAACCCACAGCAAUGAGUGAUCUCUCUGUAAUUUUAAUAUUACAAUACUGACUGUUGGAAAAUGUGCCACGGUUUUACUUGGCCAAACUGCUCCUCUAGUCAACAUAUGUUCAAAAACAUGAACUGUUUCAUUCUAGUCAGAUGAAACAAAUUCUUAUUUUUCAAGUUUCAGUGUGUAAAUAAUCUAGUCAGUAUUUUUGUCAGGUAUUUAUUAGAUGAUUACUAGUCAAAUGGAAUGACUUUUUCUUGCUCAUGCUUCAUUAUGUAACAAAACGUAAAAAAAUAAAU